CAGCGACUGGGCAUGUCCGAGUCCAGAAUCGACUUGGAGCCCAACGCAACUGCUAUUACAUCCCAGGCUCAAGAGUCUCAAGGAAACUUUGAGGCGGCUGUUGCGCGCACUACAGCGAGGGCCCUUGCACUAUACUUCUCUCGUCCCGUGAGACUCUUCCGGCCAUCCAAAGUCAGCGGCUGGCAGUUUCUAAGAGGUUUUGUUCUUGGAGGACAACCUAUUCUUACUCACAACGUCAACAGGGCUGGCUGCUCAAGAUGGGCUCACUCUUGGUCCCAAAUACAUCGUCUCUCUUGUCAGGACCCAAGGGGUUUGUCGAAACUGCAUCUCUCUCGAUACACAGAGUCAACUUUGCGUAGCUCAUGAUCCUCCCGAAACAUUUUCUGCCACCCAUGGCUGUCAACGCUCUCCUGGGAACAGUUCUUUGGACAAGUUAUUCCGAAGCCUCUGCGUUGUUGAUCGGCCAUGCACAAAUUGGAUCCCACGCAGUCGCCGUCGCUGCUCUAGCCGGAGCUCUUGCCGGCGGCACGCAGGCUAUCGUAUCUGCGCCUUGCGAAAAUGUGCGCUUACUCAUCGAGGGUGGCACCAGCGGGAAUUCUUGGUCUCAUGCGUGGAGGGAAGUAUUCCGUGGCUCGGCCCAUCCCGCGUCCCGACACGACGCCGUCGAAGAAGCGAGGCAGACCAAGAAUUGGAUGAAAGAGGUCGGAGACAUGGCAGGUCGAGGCUGGCAUGGAUUAGGUUACACUCUGGGCAAAGAUGUGACAGGUUUUUCGGCUUUUUUUGCCAUCUUCGAAGUCACCAGGCGCCUUGCUCUGCAGGUCAGAGCGGGUACUGUGAAUGUGACAGCAUCGGGCGAAUCUGAGGGUGGAAAACUGAGAAGACACAUGCCUCAAUUCUUGUACGGAUUGACUCUUGUGACUGGCGGGGCAAUCGCUGGUCUCUCAUACGAAAUCAUUGGACGACCAUGGGAUGUCGUCAGACAUGAGGUCCGAUUGAACGCUCUUGCGAAAGAGCGACGUACUCCGAUCGCACUUCUGGCGCGGAAGAUUGAAGAAGAAGGCUUCUCUCGCCUAUUUCGUGAUCCGUUGAACACCAUCCCCGAGCGGGGCCCUCGUCCCAGGAUCUACACAAUGCUCAAAACCCUGGCUCGUGUAGGACCCUGGGGAAUAGGAUUCCUAGUAUACCAGGCAUAUGACACCGGAUCAAACUACUAGAAAAUAGAAACCCCUGCACACGCGAGACUGUCAGGGACCUGACACUGCAAAUGCUCCCUUCACUGUGCCAGCCUACGUCCGACCGGCGCAGCAAUGCCAGUUCCCAGGAACAUGUUCUACUUAUAGCGACGGUUCUGUACUUGGAACUGCUUAAUAUGCCAAUUAUAAGACUAGUCAAUGAAUGCAUAUCAUGUUUGGCAUGUA